AUGGACGGAACCAACAGAGGAGAAGCGGAACGGUGGCUCUACACAGCCAACAAGCUCCUCAGCGCGCGUGACCUACACGGCGCACGCUCAUUCGCCAUCAGAGCACGUGAAUCCGACCCCAGAUUCGAAGCCACCGAGCUUCUCUUAGCGGUUAUCGACACUCUCUUAGCCGGUGAAGUUCAGAUCAAAGAACAUCUCGAUUACUACGCCAUUCUUCAAACUCUUCGUUACACUCAGAACAUUGAGUACAUCGCCGUUCAGUUCCGCCGUCUCGCCGUUCUCCUCGACCCUCACCGGAAUCCGUUUGCUUUUGCAGCUCAUGCUUUUUCUCUUGUUCAUGAUGCUUGGUCCAUUUUCUCCAGCCCGCAUAAGAAAGCUUUGUAUGAUGAACAGCUUCAUUUUCUUACUCAACCACCGCCACCACAACCACAACCUAUUCAACCACCGCCACCGCCACCACAACCACAACCUAUUCAACCUUCUCCUCCUUCAGUUCAGGUCAAUCACAAUCAUGACCUCCAACAUAGGAACAACCCUAACGUGAUUGCCGAGGAACAAAACAACAACGGGCCGAGGCGUAGUCUGAGUAAUAUCGACCGGCCGACUAGGCCAUGUCAGAGCAAUGUCGACAAGCCGACUGAGCCUAAGCCCGUUGACUCAGAAGUUGGAAGCUUCUGGACGGCGUGUCCUUACUGUUAUGCAAUGUUUGAGUAUCCUAAUGUUUAUCAGGAGUGUACACUCCGGUGUCAGAAUUGUAGGAAAGGGUUUCAUGCGGUGGUGGUACGCUCUCCGCCAGAGUUGGCUGAAGACGGUAGUUUGUUUUGUAGCUUUGGGUAUAUCCCUUUAGGGUUUAGUGGGGAUUUUAAGGAUAUUAGUGGGUCAUCUUCGGAAUGGAACCCUGUUUCGACUUUGUUUCCUUGUACUAUGAAAGGUGCUUCUUCCAAGAGGGGUGCUCCGAGAGGGCCUGUUGUUUAUCAUGAUCAUGAUACAUGUGUGGCUUUCGCAGAGCUUUCUGAAGAAACUGAAGAUGAUACCGAUGAUGAUGAUUGGUGGAGAGGGGAUGAUAGCAAAGGGAGGAAGAAGGUGGUUAUGGCGAGGAGGAGGAGGAGGAGGAGGAGGAAAAGAAGAAGGGCUGUUGGAGGUAAUGGUGCUGAAACGGGGCCUGUUGAUACUGGGAGGCCCAAGAGGGGGGUUCAGAAAGGUAAUGCUGGUGGUGGUGGCGACAAUGUGGAUGAUGGUGAGGCUGUUGAUCCUGCUUCUGCGCCCGCAAAGCUGUCCAACGUUGAAGCUAGUAAGAAAGCUGCCUUGGGUGGUUCGAGGAGAAGGGGUGCUGCCAAUUUAGGUAAAUUGGACCUGAAUGUGGAGUUUAGCAAUGAGGUGGAAGAAGCUGCUGCUGCAGGAGUGAAAGAACGGAAUGUGAAUGGGACUGGAAAUCCGGAGGACAAUAUUGAAGGGAUUGGUUUUUUUGAAGGGCUUGAUGAGUUCCUUAGUAGCUUACCAAUUCUAAAUGUUGUUGCAGAUGAUAAGGUUAAGGGUCAUUAG